UCAAGUCGCUUGUAUUCUGUUACACAUGCGUGCGACCUCUAGAACUUUAAAUCGAUAAAUCAUUUUGGUUUUACAUAUGCAGAACAGAUGACAAUGUUACUUCUGAGGAGAGCAGCCCAGACGGCAGUGCGGACUAACAGCUGUAGGUCGUUUUCUACGUCACAUACUCACCUGAACGAGAGGAAAGGUUUGGUGUUGGGGGUGUUUGAGAAGGAGGGAGAGGAGGGAGGCCUUCAGCUGACAGAGGCAGCUGCUGGUUUUGACCAGAGUCUUUCUGGAAAACUCUCUGAACUGCUGAAAAUCUCUGGACCAACUCUCAAGAAAGGCAAAAGCAGAUUAUUUUAUGGGAUCCACAAGGACUUCCCUUGUGUGGCAGUAGUUGGGCUGGGGAAGAGCAAUGCAGGUGUGUGUGGGGCAGAGAACUGGGACACCAGCAAGGAGAACAUCAGGCAGGCCGUUUCAGCUGGCUGCCGGUUACUUCAGGACCUGGAGGUGAACCAUGUGGAGGUAGACGGCUGUGGUGAUGCUCAGUCAGCCGCAGAGGGUGCAGCUCUUGGUUUGUUCCAUUACGACCAACUCAAAACAAAGAAGAAGACCAAAGUCACCACACAGCUUCAUGAAAGUGCUGACUCAGCCAGCUGGGUGAAAGGAUUCACGUAUGCAGAAGGACAGAACCUGGCCCGACUUCUAAUGGAGGCUCCAGCCAAUCACAUCACCCCCACUGUUUUUGCCAACACCAUCGAAGAGAAACUUUCCCCACAUGCUGAACGAGUCACAGUUAAAAAGAGAACACAGGACUGGAUAGAGGAGCAACAGAUGGGAGCAUUUCUCAGUGUGUCUAGAGGCUCAGAGGAGCCCCCUGUCUUCCUGGAGCUGCAUUACAAUGGUUCUCCUGACAGCAAGCAGGCACCACUGCUCUUAGUGGGGAAGGGUAUCACCUUCGACAGUGGUGGUAUUUCUCUGAAGCCAUCUGCUUCUAUGGAUGCAAUGAGAGCUGAUAUGGGCGGAGCUGCCACUGUGUGUUCGUCUAUCGUCACAGCAGCAGCUCUCAAACUGCCUGUCAACAUUAUUGGUCUGGCUCCGCUGUGUGAGAACAUGCCCAGUGGAAAAGCAACUAAACCAGGUGAUGUAGUCAGAGCCAAAAAUGGAAAAACAAUCCAGGUUGAUAAUACGGAUGCAGAGGGCAGACUCAUUCUAGCUGAUGCUCUGUGUUAUGCACACACCUUCAACCCCAGAGCCAUUGUCAAUGUUGCUACACUAACAGGUGCGAUGGAUGUAGCUCUCGGCUCAGCAGCGACUGGAGUGUUUACAAACUCUGACUGGCUCUGGGGGCAGCUGCACAAGGCUAGUGUUGUGACAGGUGACAGAGUAUGGAGGAUGCCGCUCUUCCAGCAUUACACCAGACAGGUGACUGACAGCCAGCUGGCUGACCUCAACAACAUCGGGAAGUACAGCCGCUCUGGGGGUGCCUGCACAGCAGCUGCUUUCUUGAGAGAAUUUGUCACUGCUCCUCACUGGGCCCAUCUGGACAUCGCCGGUGUAAUGAGUAACAAAGAUGAAGUUCCCUACCUAAGGAAAGGCAUGUCUGGGAGGCCGACACGCACGCUUGUGGAGUUUGCUGCAGGACUGGCCCACAGCAGCUGAAGGACUGACUUGCAAUCACAUCAAGAAAAGACUGUGAGCUACAUCUGUGAUCUUUCAAACAUGGUCAGCAGUCACUGCUAAUUAAUUACAUUAAUAAGAUCAUAGUAGAGCUCUAAACAUGUUGUAAGGGUUUCAUAGCUGUAAUUUGAGGACCACUCUUCAGUCUAUGGAUCAGUGAAAUACAACAGUUACAAGUUCAGUGUCCCUCAGCAGGGAUGUCAUUUCAGCUAUGUAAUAACGCCAUAAUUUGUAUGUUGUUUAAAUAAACUGUAUUUUAAUGUG